AUUCUUGUCAUGUAAGGUCUCAAGAGAAAUCUAUACUGCAGAAGUGACAUGAAGCAACUAUCAUUAGACAAGGUCAUGGACAUUGUCACUUCACCUGCUAGUAAGUCAUUCAAGAAUUAACACUAGGCAUAGAAGUACAAAUAUUUAGAUUAUGAGUUCACACAGGAACACACACCUUGACUCUUAUCUACUAUUCCAAACCAUAACCAGUCUUGCUGUUCUAAUGCAUCAACUCAGCCAGAAGACAGAUUAUUAAAAGCCAGCACUGCAUGCAAACAAGACAAACGGCAUCUUCCUUUGCUGUCUCAGAAGACAAGGUAGCUAUGAGUAAGGCUGUGGUAUAUACGAGGAUAUCUCAUCUGUACCUCCGGCUGGAGAUAUUGAUCAUUCUUUCAUCAUGGCCCUUGACUGGGUAUGCUCAGCACACCAGCCUCCCAGAAGUAGUGAUACCCUUACAGGUCACAGGCAACAGACCAGUGUGGGCCAUGGGAUGGCUGACCUAUAGCCUGCACUUUGGGGGCCACAAACAUUUUAUUUACAUGAAGGCCAAGAAGGUCUUUGUAUCUAGACUCUUCUCUGUAUUCACCUACACUAAGCAAGGUGCUCUACACAAAGACCAGCCGUAUGUCCAGCAGGAUUGCUACUACCAUGGCUAUAUGGAUGGAGACCCAGAGUCCAUGGUUGCUAUUACCACCUGUUAUGGAGGCUUUCAAGGAAUAUUACAGAUAAAUGGCACAGUAUAUGAAAUCAAGCCCAAGAAACUUUCUUCCACAUUUGAACAUUUGGUUCACAAGUUAGAUAAUGAGGAGACAGAAUUACGCCCCUUGAGAUGUGCAUUGACAGAAGAAGAGAUAGCACGGCAAAUGAAGCUUCAGAAGAAUGAGAAGCCCACUCUGAUGCAAAGCCACUAUGAGGGAUGGUGGACUCACAAAAGUUUUCUUGACCUGGCAUUGGUUGUUGACCGUGAGCGAAUUCGUUAUCAUAACAAUAACACGUCACGUGUGCUAGUGGAAGUAUUCAUCAUUACCAAUAUAAUAAAUAACAUUUAUCAGAUACUGGAUGUUGAGAUAGUUUUACAAGGAGUUGAGCUGUGGAAUGAAAGAAAUCAUGUAGCUGUGGGUGGCAUAGAGAACCUCCUAAUUGAAUUUUGUACUUGGAAGUCUAACAGUCUUAAUUUUCGUAUUCCAAAUGACAUUGCACAUCUCUUUGUGAGGCAUGAUUUUGGUAUUUACCUUGGUUUAGCUUAUAUUGGAACUGUCUGUGACCCAUCUUAUAAUUGUGGAGUUGAUAGUCUGAUAGGACCUAACCUUUUUUAUUUUGGGCAUAUUAUAGCACAUGAGAUGGGUCAUAAUUUGGGCAUGCAGCAUGAUAGUGGCUCAUGCACCUGUGGAGUAAAAGAUUGCUUAAUGGCUCCAACAGACACUGGCAUCGGAAAGUUCAGUAACUGUAGUUAUUCUAAGUUUUGGACAACCUAUGCUACUGCCCAGUGCAUGCACAAAGAAAAGAAGCCAAUAAGCAUCCUCAACAGCAAGCUCUGUGGGAACGGAGUGGUUGAUGAUGGAGAGCAGUGUGACUGUGGAUCUGUAGAAAUGUGUAAAGGAGAUCCAUGCUGUAACUCCAGGUGUACCCUCAAAGACGGGGCUGCCUGUGCUUUCGGACUUUGUUGCUUACAUUGCCAGAUCACGCCAUCAGGCACAGUUUGCAGAGAAAAGGUCAAUGAAUGUGACCUUCCAGAAUGGUGCAACGGACACUCACAUAUGUGUCCUAAUGACGUUUAUUUGCUUGAUGGGAGCCCCUGUCAAGAUGGUGGCUACUGCUAUGAAAAGAGAUGUAAUAACCGAGAUGAACAGUGUAAGCAAAUCUUUGGCAAAGAAGCCAGGAGUGCAGCUCAGAGUUGCUACAGAGAACUCAACACCCAAGGUGACCGUUUUGGCAACUGUGGUAUGAUCAGAAAUGCAUACUUAAGAUGUAAUGACUCAGACAUCCUCUGUGGCAGAGUUCAGUGUGAGAAUGUAACAAGCAUUCCAUUGUUGCAGGGUCAUUCCACUAUACACUGGACUCACCUCAAUGGUGUCACCUGUUGGGGAACUGACUACCAUUUUGGGAUGACAAUCCCUGACAUUGGUUUUGUGAAAGAUGGCACAGACUGUGGUCCAGAGCAUAUGUGUAUUAAUCAGAAGUGUGUCAGAAAGCCAAUUUGGGCAAGUCAGUGUUCACCCAAGCUGUGUAACAUGAAAGGUGUGUGCAACAACUUACACCACUGCCACUGUGACCUCGGGUGGGACCCACCACAUUGCCUGAAAAGUGGCUUUGGAGGGAGUGUUGACAGUGGCCCUUCACAUGAGAAUGAAAAGAAACCCAGGAAAAGUAGGGCUCUAGUGAGUUCCAAUCGUAUUAUUGUUUUUUGUGUUUUAUUAUUUCUCAGUGUGUUAUGUAUUCUCUGGACUUGUUUAGCACCCAGAACACUAAACAAGAGCGAAGAACCCAAUGUUACCUCUUUACAAAAGAAAGAAGAUUAUACUGCUAUAAUCACCUCUGCAUCAGAACGGUAACAAUUUGUAAUUUAAAAUGAGGUAUCAAAUCUUCCUACCUUUCCCAUGUCCUGUCAUGUAUUAUCUUGGUAUGUGAAGCACUGCAUGUUUCAGAAUUCAACGACAUAGCGUCUUAGAGAUAUUUAGCAUUUCGGUAUGAAAAACCUCAUCAUUCAUUAAAGCUAUGAUCCUAGUACAUAACCCAUAAUCUUCACUCUCAGCAACUUUAAUGCUUCAAGUUCUCUUAUGAUGUUCUCAGUAAAGAACUACCUGAGGGAUCCUAUAUGCAUGCGGUUUUGGUUUUGCCUUUCUCAGUUCCAGACUACCUCCUUUUUAUUUUGCUUAUCACAUGGGAAAUGGGAUUCUUUGGGUCCUGUUUGCUCACUGGUGGAUCGCCCUAAUAGAACCCUCCCACAGGGGGCAUCACAGAAAGAUUGGAAACCUGAGGGGGCCUGUUUAAUUGAAGCUCCUAUCAGCGUUACUUCAGCUGCUUGUUCUUGUUUUUUGGCUUUUGAAUACAACAUGUGAUCUAUAUCAUGUGUGUAUCCAUGGAAAGUGUUGCCUUUAGUCACAUUGGACAGUUACUCUUUAAACCUGUACCACCGCGUAGGGUCUCCAGCGGUAGAUAACAGUGCCUUUGCAACCUCUGGCUGACCCCGUUUAAUGAGUGGCUAUAAGGUAGUAUAUAGUUGCCCAUAGAGUAGACUGUGUUUCUACUAGCUCCCCACAUAACAUAGCAUUAUCACCUCCAGAGGAAAAAAAGAAAAACAACUGCAAAAUCACCUUCCUCCAAAGUGCUGAGUCUUGGGUUUUUAGGCCUUCCUGAAACUCUAAGGUUUCAGCACAAAGUUGCCUAAGCCCUCUUCAGUCAUUGGGAUUUUAUAACUACAGAACUAACUCCCAAACUGUGGGCUGAAUAUCCCCAGUCUCUUCAUAGUAGCCUCUAGUCCACAGAUGAUAGAGACACCAUGUAGUUGAUAGUGUGCGGGUCUCUCAGGAGCAUAUUAUGUCAUGUCUGGAUGCUGAGUGACAUGUCACAUAUCUAAGUACACUGGAGAACACAGGAAGUGUCACAUGCAGGAGAACGUUUUCGAAUUUUCAGUAAUAAAUAAUAUAACCUUGAGAUUUUGCUUUGUGCUUUGUAUUUAUAAUGUCUUAAGGCCGCUAAACAGAUGAUACUCUCACUAGCAAUUCAAGUAUAUUGCAAUUUUUUUCAUUUCUGAGAGUUAUAAUUUGUCAUUUUUAAUUGAAAACAUUUUUAUAUUAUAUAUUUUGAUAAUGUUUUCCCUUCUCUCCGCUUCUCCUAGGUCCCCCCACCUGAAUUUAUAAUCUUUUUUCCCUCUCUUUCUUUAAACAGACGGACAAAAAAAACCCACAAAAAUUAAAAUCAAGAUAAAAAAUGAUUAAUAAGACAAAAAAUGCCCAUACAGACAACAAAGCAAAAUGAGUCAAAACAAAAAAAUCUACAGAAAUAUUAUUGAGCUUGUUUUCUGUUGGCAGAUUAUUCCUUAGCAAUGGCUCUGCCUGAAGUCAAUAUAACCAGUGAGAUUUUAUUGGAGAAAAACAACUUCUAACAGUGGGUGUGAGUUUCAGAUACCUUCUUGUUUAGCAGCGGGAGCUUUUGUUACUCCCCCCUCUUAAUGCAGGGAAUCUUUUGUUUUGUUUUGUUUUGUUUUGUUUUGUUUUGUUUUGUUUUGUUUUGUUUUGUUUCAAGACAGGGUUUCUCUGUAUAGCCUUGGCUGUCCUGGAACUCACUCUGUAGACCAGGCUGGCCUCGAACUCAGAAAUCCGCCUGCCUCUGCCUCCCAAGUGCUGGGAUUAAAGGCGUGCGCCACCACUGCCCGGCAAUGCUGGGAAUCUUGAACCUAUGUAGGCCUAGUGUAUACUAUCUGUUUCUGUUAGUUCGUAUGUGUCAGGAGCAGCCUUGCUUAUACACUGAAGGUCUAAAGUCAGCCAUAGGCCUAAGUCAGAAAUGCAUGUCUCCUAACACAAAGUUUUGGUCUCUGUGGAAAAACACUGAACCUAUAACAGAUAGCUAUAGACCUUGUAUACAGGCAUCCUUGGUUGAAAACUACCAGCCUAGAUAGUCAUAGGUCUUGUGAAUAGGUAGCCUUGGUGGAAAGUACCAGCUUAGAUACAAACGAAUGAAUCAUAGACAGAGUCAUAGUGACCUGUUUCCUGAUUCUUCUGUGAACUUUUACCCAGCCAAAACCCUGUUCUGGAAGAUCUCUGCACUCCCCCCCCCCCCCCCCCCCCCCGCAGAACACCUACGCUCCUGCAUCAUCCUCUUCCCCACAUCCUGCCUCUAUGUGUAUAUAACCUCUAUGUAAAAAAAAUAAAAUAUCGGUUUGAUCAGACUAU